AUGAGCGAAAGUGCUAACUGGAACUCGAAUGGUCAUGAGGAAAAGCCCCAAAUAUUAAAAAAAUACUGUUUUGUAUGUCUAUGUAGUGAUGAGGAGAAGAAUCUACAGAAAUAUGUAUUUCAAUGCUGUUCCUUGAAAGAAGUUUUACAGAUGGACAGCAUGAUGCUGUGUUACCUCUGUAGACGAAUGGCUCAGUAUGCUGAAACCUUUACUCAGAGUGUGCAAAGUAAUCAGUUGUUACUGGAGAACUUUCAAAAUAUAAUGGAUGAGACGUUAAAAUCAGUACGAACACAGACACACCCUCUAGUCAAUUUAUCUUCUGUGUCAUUAAAUGUCAUAGAUGUCACCGAGAAGGACGGGUCAGGACUUGAGGAGUCCUUCUCCGUUGUGUGUUCUAGAAGUAGAGGUAGUGUGCAGAUCAAAGUGGAGAUGAAAGAAGAAGAGUUCAUGGAGCAAUUAGAGGGAGAUUUUGUUGGCGGUGAUGAUUACCAAGAACCAUUUGUUAAAGAUGAAGACGACGCAUUUACUCUAGAUACUUCUUUGAAAGAAGAAUUAGAACUAGAAGACAUUGAUGGCUUAAACCUUAUGGCCCUUAAAACGACGCUUAAGAAGAAUAAGAAAAAGGCUAAAAUCAAAAGAGAAGAUGAUUUUCCAGGCAACACUAAGAUACAAAGAAUUUACAUAACUCGGGAACAGUGUUUAGAAGAAAAAGCGAAAAUGUUACAGGACCCCAAGUACAUAGACGCAGCCUUUAAAUGUGAUGACUGCGCCAAACACUUUACUUUUAAAGAAAUCUAUGAAAAACAUAUGGAGAAACAUAGUCAGAGUAUAGGAGACUACGAGUGCGACAUUUGCAAGCUAAGAAUGGAAUCCAAAGAUAAAUUAGCUGGCCAUAUGAAAUAUCACACAAACCGCUACAAAUGUCUAGAAUGUGGUCUAACUCGAACCUGUAGGCGAACCAUGCUGGACCACGUCUCCGCAUACCACAGCGAGGGAGUCUUCCAUUUGUGUCCUUAUUGCAGCAAGAGUUUCAAACGCCAGUCGUCAAUACGUAAGCACGUAGUGCAGAUGCAUCGUACUCGCGCGCGCGUCGCGUGUCCGCACUGCCAUCGCACCUACAAGGAUAACAAUGCAUUGCGCACGCAUAUGUUACUAAAACAUGCCAAAGAGAUAUCAGCUCGUGAGAUUAGCAAGAAGUAUGCGUGCCAGGAAUGUGGCACGGCGUUCAAGACACCUUCGCAGUUGAAGAUACAUGGACUCAAGCAUACUGACUCUAGGGACUAUUAUUGCGUUGAAUGUGAUAAGAGUUUCAAAUCGGAUGCCACAUUGAAGACUCAUUUAAAGACUACAGCUAUACAUACCAGUAAUUUAGAGUUACCGUUAGCAUGUCAACAUUGCGAUAAGCGUUUUGCGAUCCGUCGCGACCUGGAGCGACAUACGAACAGAAUACAUCUUAAUGUCAAGCCGUUCUCCUGUGACAAGUGUGAUAAGAAUUACGUGGACUCAUGGUCCCUGAAACAACACCAGUUGAUAAUCCACGAAGGGUACAAGCGACCUCUGGCGUUCCCGUGUUCCAUGUGUGAUAAGAUCUUUGAUCGAAAACAAGUAUUGAAAGCUCAUAUUCGAACGCACACCGGCGAGCGUCCGUACCAGUGCAGCAAGUGUCCAGCACAGUUCAGUCAGUCCAGCAUACUACGGACCCACGAUAGAUUAAUACACCUUAAACUAACUAGAGAUGGAAGACCUAAGGUCAAAUGA